AUGAACAUCUUCCGCAUCCUGGGGGAUGUCUCCCACUUGCUGGCCAUCAUUAUUCUCCUGCUGAAGAUUGUGAAGUCCAAGUCCUGCGCUGGAAUCUCUGGGAAGAGCCAGAUACUUUUUGCCCUUGUCUUCACAACCCGCUAUCUGGACCUGUUCACGAAUUUCAUCUCUGUCUACAACACCGUGAUGAAGGUCAUUUUUUUGAUUUGUGCCUACGUCACUGUGUAUAUGAUCUACGUGAAAUUCCGGAAAACGUUUGACAGCGAGAACGACUCCUUCCGCCUCGAGUUCCUGCUGGUCCCUGUCACAGGCCUGUCAUUUCUGGAGAACCACAGCUUCACCCCCUUGGAGAUACUCUGGACCUUCUCCAUCUACCUGGAGUCCGUGGCUAUCCUUCCUCAGCUCUUCAUGAUCAGCAAGACAGGGGAAGCAGAGACCAUCACGACACACUACCUUUUCUUCCUGGGCCUCUACCGUGCCCUCUACAUUGCCAACUGGGUCUGGCGCUACCACACAGAGAAUUUCUACGACCAGAUCGCUGUUGUCUCCGGGGUGGUACAAACCAUCUUCUACUGCGACUUCUUCUAUCUCUACGUCACUAAAGUCCUAAAAGGAAAGAAGCUAAGCCUUCCCAUGCCUGUUUGAAGACAUCCCACAGGCAGUGCAAGAAAUUUCAAAGACGAAGCUGUUUAAGAUCACAGCUUUCCUUCUCUGGCCCGUUUUGACUAAUGGAUGGCUCAGCAGAGUUUCAACCCAGUGCCAGAAAGACAGGGCUUGGAAUGCUUUUCAUCCAUCAGACUCUUCCCCUCCAUUGUUUAAUUUCUUCUCACUUGAAUUUGGUGCUAGUGCUGGCCAAUAUUGGCCAAUACUGAAGUAGUGCAAUUUCUUGUCUCCCAGCUCUUCCCGUCAUCUACUCAAAACACACCUCCACCCUGACCCUGAGGCAGCACAAGGGAAAAUGUCACUCCCACUAGUCCUUCAGCAAGUGCCCAUGGUAAAGGGAACAUGUAACACACUUCAUUAAAGUGUGCUAACUUAACUGACCCAUUUCACAGGUUGCCAUGUCUGACACAGCAGAUGCUACAAAUUGUCACUUUAACUCUGUAUGAACUAGUACCCUCUUGAAAAUUAAUUCUGCCUGACCCUCUCUCUAUUCAGGCCCUGUAACAUUUAAGAAAAACACAUUGCCUUUGAGUAACAAGAAUCUUCUAAUUCCACAAGUACUCAAACAUCCUCCCUACUCACUUAUUUUCAGUUUCCUUAUGUUCUACAAACAGGGACAAUUUCAAUUACAGUUCAGGCAGUUGCCAAGAAGUGUUUCCACCUCCUUGAAUUUGACUUCUAGGAACUGGGAAGAACAGGGACAAAGACAGCUUUACAUUCCAAAAAUAAAGACAAAGUUCA